GUUUGUUUUUUAGAAGGGUUUCCAUUAAAAAACCUCUUCCCCACCUCUUUUUCGCACAGACGUUUGCUUAUGUCUUCUACGCUCUUCACAACACUUCUCCAUCUAAAAAAAAACCCUAAUCGAAUCUCCAUCCUCUCCAGGCGACCCACUCCUCUCCCACGCUCUCCACCUUCACUGCUACAUCUCCGGCGCCGCCCAGCCCUUGUUCGCCGGUCACCACAGCCCUCUUCGCCGGUCACCACAAGCCCUAUUCGCCGGCUGCAGCAACAUCGACCACAGCCCUGUUCGCCGGCUACAGCAACAUCGAUCACAGCCCCUCUUCUUCUCCUUUCUUUCUUGCAUAAAGUAGAAAUGGGAGAGAAACAACAAUGGUCAAACGACCAUCUAAAAUGCUUAUUAGAGACUUGCAUUGAAGAGAUAAACACGGUGGGUAGAAAAGGCUUGAGUUUGCAUAAAGACUCGUGGAAUAAAUUAGGAAAAGUUCUUAAGGAAAAGUUUGGCUUGGAUUUGACUCAAAAACAAAUGAAGAAUGCAUAUGAUAAUCUUAAAGCCAAAUACGUAGGUUGGGUGUAUUUGAAAAACAAAACCGACAACAUAUACAACCCUCAAACAAAUACUUUUACCUUAACGAACGAGGAAUGGGAAGAAUUUAAGAAGGGGCACCCAAAGGCUGCAUCAUUGAAGACAGUUCCGUUGCCUUUUCCAGAACUUUGUGCAGAAUUUUGAUGGAAAUACUGCCACUGGAAAUUGCAAGUGGACCUCAACCCAAACAACAUCCGGGGUUGGAUCUUCUUGUCAUCGUGUCCAAUCGCUUAUGAUUAUGGACACCCAUUAUCAUGACACACAAGAUGAUGCCGGCACCUCUGAGCCUACUUCUGAGCCUAAUCCUGAGCCCACUUCUGAGCCUACUUCCGAGCCCACCACAAGACAAGUAUUAUCUUUGUGAUGCCGCGUAUGCACACAUACGGGGAUUUAUGGCUCCAUAUCGUAAUGUGAGGUAUUGGCUAGGAGAUUUUCGUCGAAGACGUGCGUUGACUAAUAAAGAGAAAUUUAACCAUGCUCAUGCAAGACUUCGGAACGUAAUUGAGCGUGCUUUUGAUGUCUUGAAAGCAAGAUUCCCUAUUUUGAAAAGGAUGGCACCAUUUCCAUUGGUUACGCAAAGGAACAUUACCGUUGCAUGUUUCGCGCUACAUAAUUUUAUAAGGAAAGAGGGUUUGAGCGAUGAAUUGUUUACAAAAUACGAUCAACCCAAUGUUUCGGUGCAUAAUACGCUAGUGCACGUUGAUGCUGAUGAAAACGAGGUUGAAGCACAUGGUACUGCAGCGGAUCGGGAAUAUAUGACUCAGUUACGAGAUGAGAUUGCUGAGCAGUUAAUGCAAAGCAUGGAUACAAUGCUUUAUAAAAAAUGUUAUUGUCUUUUUUAUGAAUAUUAUUUCAGUAUUGUAUAACUAUUAUUUAAGUUUGAAUGUUGAAAACCUCGUAAAAAUUUAAUAAAUCAGUUUAUUUA